CCGGCGGGCCAUGGCGGGCCCGGGGCUCUGGUUUUCGCUGCUGCUGGCGGCAGCGCUCGCCGGCCGGGCCGCGGCCCUGUGGCCCUGGCCCCAGUACAUCCAGACCUCCGAGUCCCACUACGCCAUCUUCCCGUACAAUUUCCAGUUCCGGUACCACGCCAGUUCGGCCGCGCAGCCCGGCUGCUCCGUCCUCGACGAGGCCUUCCAGCGCUAUCGCGACCUCCUCUUCAGCUCCAGCUGGUGGCAACCUCCUGAACGCACAAGAAAACAGCAUGCACCAGAGAAGAGUUCAUUGGUAAUCCUUGUGAGCACUCCUGGAUGUAAUGAGCUUCCUUCUUUGGAGUCAGGGGAAAACUACACCCUGACCAUAAAUGAUGAUCAUUGUUUCCUCCUCUCUGAGACUGUCUGGGGAGCUCUCCGAGGUCUGGAGACUUUUAGCCAGCUUGUUUGGAGAUCUCCUGAGGGCACAUUCUUUAUCAACAAGACCGAGAUUGAAGACUUUCCCCGCUUCCCUCACCGGGGCUUGUUGUUGGAUACGUCACGCCAUUACCUGCCACUGACCAGCAUCCUGGACACUCUGGACGUCAUGGCAUACAACAAAUUCAACGUGUUCCACUGGCAUCUGGUUGAUGACUCUUCUUUCCCAUAUGACAGCUUCACUUUUCCAGAGCUCACCAGAAAGGGGUCCUAUGAUCCUGCCACCCAUAUCUACACAGCACAGGAUGUGAAGGAGGUGAUUGAAUAUGCACGUCUUCGGGGCAUCCGUGUGUUGGCAGAGUUUGACACUCCUGGCCACACUCUGUCCUGGGGACCAGGUGCCCCUGGAUUAUUGACUCCUUGCUACUCUGGGUCUCAUCCCACUGGCACCUUUGGACCGGUGAAUCCCAUUCUCAACAGUACCUAUGAAUUCAUGAGCGCAUUUUUCUUGGAGGUCAGCUCUGUCUUCCCGGAUUUUUAUCUUCACCUUGGAGGAGAUGAGGUUGAUUUCACCUGCUGGAAGUCCAACCCAGAUAUCCAGUCCUUUAUGAAGAAGCAAGGCUUUGGCAAUGACUUUAAGCAGCUGGAGUCCUUCUACGUCCAAACGCUGCUGAACAUCGUCUCUGCCUAUGACAAGGGCUAUGUGGUGUGGCAGGAGGUGUUUGAUAAUAAAGUAAAGGUUCGGCCAGAUACGAUCAUUCAGGUGUGGCGAGAAGAGACACCAGUCCGCUAUACGAAGGAGAUGGAGCUGAUCACCGGAGCUGGCUUCCGCGCCCUGCUCUCCGCCCCCUGGUACCUGAAUCACAUCGCCUACGGCCCCGACUGGCGUGAGGUCUACAUGGUGGAGCCCCUGGACUUUAAAGGUAGCCCUCAGCAGAAGGCUCUAGUGAUUGGUGGAGAGGCCUGUAUGUGGGGAGAGUAUGUGGACAGCACAAAUCUGGCCCCCAGACUCUGGCCCAGAGCAGGGGCUGUGGCUGAGAGGCUGUGGAGCAGCGAGCUGGUGACUAGCGUGGACUUUGCCUUCAAACGUUUGACACGGUUCCGCUGUGAGCUACUAAGGCGAGGUGUCCAGGCCCAGCCCCUCAGUGUAGGCUACUGUGAACAGGAGUUUGAAGAAACCUGAGCAAGCAGCCUCAGGCACUGAGGAGGGUGCUGGCCCUAGGAGAGUGGGAGUGGGGCCAGGCUUCCACUGCUUCCCGGCCAGGGGACGGAGCCCCUUGCUGACGUGCCCCUGUGCAUGGAGAGAAGGGGGCCAGUGUUGGCACUAGCAUCCAAUAAAGAGUGAUGUGGCACUUUUCCGUAACGAACAUAUGGAUUACCUGUGUCAGAGAAAUGUGACUGGCCCUGGGGUGGGGAGCUGCCUGCACUGGCCUUCUGCUCCUGAGAGUGACAGGGUGCAGCAGCCCAGCCAGGCCGGGCUCAGUGUCUGCCCCUGGAGAGUCUUGUAAGUUGACAGCUGGGAAUGAAACCCCGCGCAGCCUCUGAAUUGUGACGCCUCUCCCACCCGCGACACAUAGCCUAAACACACGCCCCCACGCUCAGGCUGCUCACUUCCCUCCAAGCACAGAGGUCACUUAGCCCUCCAAGGCUUCCGUGUAUGGAAGAAGACAUUAUAGUAGCCCCAGGAAGUUCUGGGGAGCGGCAAGGGCUCCAGAGCAGCCCGCCCCCGUGCAUACUCACACACUUCUUCCCCUAGAGCUUCUCUUCUGCUUUGGGUUUCUUGUUAGUGCAGGUUCGUGCAACCAUUAUUUUAAUAAUAUUGAACGUAUAUUGUGGUCUUGACACUGUGGUCGGUGUUGCAUUUGAAGGACUUGGUCCCCAGAGGCCCUGGUCCACUCCCCAGUAUGCCAGCAACUUCCACCCGCCUCCUCCCAUCCAUCUGCAGCCCAACAGCGUCUUCUCAGAGGAUUGAUGGCACACCUGAAGCCAUGUGAGGAAAGCCCCUGAGGGUCAGGAGGCGGGCACGUGGCUCUGGAAGGGGGUCUUUGCCCAUGUGACCAGUGUUGCCUAGGAAGAAAUGGCUCCCUGUUGGGCCAGACCACGCCUCGGUGGUUAUGUGUUCAGAAGCAACGAUGCAGUCCAGAGGCUGGGGCAGUAUUAGACAGCAACUGUUUUAGUUGAGGAUUUCUUUGACCCUUAUUUAAUUAUUUUACCUGGUCCUGGGCUGAAAGGGCAAUGGAGAGGUCUCAGGCAUUUUUUUUCAGAAGGUUUCCAGUCUGGUGGAUACAGAAACUUGGGGAAGACAGGCUGAGAAGGGAUCUGAGUAGAAUUUGAUCCUUAAACGGGAUCUUUCAGUCCCUUUAUUAUGCUCCCUUGGGGGCCUGGUUGGAGGUGCACCAGCCCUGCCUUCUUGUGCUGUUUUUACAGGGACGGGUGGGUAUCUUCUAUCUGCAGAAUCCUCAUGGGGACAAGAGGUCUCCAUACAGCCCAGGUGAGCCAAGCCCAGGGCUCUGGCCUUGGGAGAUACGGCUAAGCCUCUACUGUCUGCACUACCAAGGGAGCCCCCUUACCUGGGACCCUGAAAUGCUGCUCACUUCAAGUGCCCCUGCUUCCUUCCUGAUCGUAACUAACAUGGCUACUCUUUGAGAUAAUGUUAAAUAAAAAGAUCACUUAGGUUGUCUCAGUCAAGAGUCAAGGAAGGACGAGGCCGUGAGAGCACUGUUGCAGCACUACGUUUCUAUGAUUUCUUAUUCCUAUGAUACACAUUUUCUACAAUGUUAUCAUUUUUACAAUUAAAAAAAAAUCCGUGUGGCCCAGUCAAGACUUGCGGUUGCGGGAUGUGCUGUUCCCCCACCUCCACCACGGCUGCCAUGGGCCCGCUGAUCGUGAGCGCAUUGACCUGAAGAGCCUCAUCGGGCUGGAACUGCUGCAGCAACCGCCCGGACUGUUCUAGCGCCCGGAGUCACUGCUUCUGCCGCCCCGGCCUUUCACCCGGGCUGUGAAUGCAGUGCCCGAGCCUGCACGCGGCCAGACGGCUCCUGCUCGCUUGUGCGCCCUGUGCACCACCAGGGGGCGACGAAGCGCCCAGGCUGAUUUCCUGAUUCUUCAUCUUAGCGCAGAGUCCGUGCUGCUCUCCGGUGAAUCUUACGAAGGGUGCAAAGCAGGCCUAAUGGGGGCUGGGAGGACAUGCAGCUCCCCGUCCUUGGUAGGAGUUGAGAUCGAGUGCCAGAUACCCCCGCCCUCGGCAUCUGGGUGCACCUUAGUGCAUUCGCAUGGCGACGGGAAAGCAGGACUGAGAGCACAGGGACUCCGCAGCACUGACGACGGGGAAUAGCGAAGGGCUUCGGAAAGCCGAGUGAUAAUGGCAAAGGGUGAAAAAGGGUUCUGUGGGUAUAGACUGAUUUAAUUUAUCCUGAGGCACAAAUACACACAUGGCAGCAACAUUACUGCACUCUGAAGUUCAGGUUUUUAUAGUUUUUGUCAACAUCACUUGUAAGAUUAAUCAAUACAGGCCAUGACAAUUGUGUUUCAUAUACUUUUUCUCCCACUAAGAAAGAAAAUAAGUAGGAAUUGGCUACUUCGUCUAUUAAAAUCAUUCUGUAUUUUUUCUUAUAAAUAAA